CUCCAACACUGUACCGUCGUUCCGGGAAAGCUCGUACACAAGGCUUCAACCUAUUGUACCCAACGACGCAGCGAGUCCCUUUCAGCGACUUUCAGCAAGUCAUAGUACACACAAUUCCUUUAGUAUGAAUUCCUAAGUCUUAGGGAUAUCGAACAACAGGAAAGGAUGGGCGAAAUCGUUCCCAUCGGCAAGCAGGGAACUGAUAACAGCCAGGCGCUGACCCUCCUAGGAGCGGCACCCCUGACCCAGGAGCAGUAUGAGGAGCGCAUUAAAAGCGCCCAAGAGUUGGAGGCCAAGCUGAAAUACAUUCAGGAGACGGUGCCAACAAAGGUGUACAAUGUGUCAAGUAGCAGUGCGGGCGCAGGCAGCGGUGAUUUUCACCAAUACCGAAUAGUACGGCGUGCAGAGCAGGACCGAGUACGAAAGAUAGAGGCCGAUUGGGAGAAGAAGCAGCAGGAAGACGAGUUCAAGCGCAAGAUGGAGGAGUUGAAGAAGCAAGCGGAGGACCGGACCGCCAAGAAGCGGCUCAAGCGGCAAAAGAAGAAGCAAAAGCAGAAGCAGCAGAAGAAGGGGCCUCAGGCGGGGCCGGGCGCUGGGGCGGAGGGCGGCGCGGGGGGGCCGGAGGGCUCUAGCAGCGGCAGCGAGGGGGAGGACGAGGGGCAGCCUGCGCUGGACUGAUGGAGGCGGCUGCCUGUCGCAUAGGGGCGUUGUAGGAGUUGGAUCAUCUAGCGGAAUGGCUGGCACAUGCGACAUGCGAACACAGUUGCACCGGGUGUGCUUCUAGUUGGAGGGAUGGGGUGGGGGCCCUGGCAUUCGUGAUGUGCUGUAUAGUACGGCACUACACGACAAGAGGCCAUCAACUGCUUCGUGCUGACAUGGUAUGACACCGACAUGUACGAUAUGAGGUCGCGUGGGACUAAUGGCUUCGGGCAUGCCGAAGUGUCAGAUAGUUGAUGUUUCGCGAACACCUUGGUUGUACCUCUCGGCCCCCUUUCAUGCUCCUGAUUUGAAGGACUCUCUGUUGCCUUAGUAAGAAGACCUGCGGCUUGAAGGCAAGCUUGCUCCGGUGUGGCAUGUGUGGCUUGAGCGUUAGGAAGGCUGGUAAGGGGCCUUUUGGGGCGUGCCAGCUUUGGCAAUUUGCGAGCAGAGCUUUGCUGUGGCAGUUGCAUGAGAACGCCUGUCCGCAAAAGUGCCUUGGGAGUGCCUUCCACUUCAACAAGAUGGAAAGAGCUGG